GCACUCACCAACACUAUGGUCAACUUCUUCAACUGGGUCUCACGGGUGGUUCACCUCAGCUCGGGCUCGUUCCUCAUCGGGGCGACGGCGUACCCGUUCUUUGUGCCUGCGGCAUACGAUUCUGUGGCGCAGCCGUCUUCGGCGUCGAUGAUGUACGCAGUGGUGGCACUGCUUGUCUCGGGCCUGUACAACGCAGGCGCGGCCAAGCCGUCGAACAUGGCCUCGGGCGCCGGCUUCUGGCGCAUGCUUAUCUACGGUAUCAAGGGCUCCAUGCUUCUGGCCUGCUCGCCCGUCCUCGACAAGUUUGUCGCUGUUCCCGAGCAAAAGGCCCAGAUCCGGCUUGCCGCCCUCAUGGCGGCGCUCGGCGCCGGCGCCUUUGCCCGCUUCUUCCGCGAGGAGAACACCCUGGCCAUCAAGGCCGAGUAAGGCCAAGCAUGCCCACCCAUAAACCCCGGCCUCUUUUC